AUGGACUUCGAUCCACCACUGGCCAGCACCUACAGAUCUCUCCUCGAGGGUAUGGACUCAAGCGAGGAUCACGUCGCGGAGGUCGAGGAGUGCGAGCUACCGCUAAUAGACCUUGCUCGCCUCAGCGGCGGCGCAGCCGCGAGGGAGCGGUGCAUGAGGGAGAUCGCGGUGGCGUCCUCCGAGUGGGGCUUCUUCCAGGUGGUGAACCACGGGGUGCCGGCGGAGCGCUUCGACCGGAUACGCAGCGUACAGUUAGAAGCCUUCCGGCAGCCUUUCGAGAGCAAGGUCAACGAGGGUUUCCUCGAUUACUCCUCCGAGAGCUACCGUUGGGGGAACCCAUCCGCCACCUCCCUCCAGCAGCUCUCCUGGUCUGAAGCCUACCACAUCUCCACAAUUCCAUCUCCCCCGCCGGCUUCACCCGGCACCCUCAGGUACUUUAUCACAGUGAAUAGAUAACGAUAUCGAGAGAGAGAGAGGUAGACAACAGAUAACAGGGCGGAGAGAGAGAGAGAGAGAGAGAGAGAGAGAGAGGGAGAGGAAGGCUGAUAAAGCGCUCGGUUAUUCUUGAAGGUGCACCAUAGAGGAGUACGCUUCUUCAGUGUCGGAACUGGCUCAGAAGUUAGGAGAGAUACUAGCGGAGCACCUGGGAUGCAGGAGGUCUUAUUUCGAGGAGGUCUGCAGCAGCAGCACCAGCUACCUCCGGCUGAAUCGGUACCCGCCAUGUCCGGCCCCGUCAAGGGUGCUCGGGAUGAUCGCCCACACAGACAGCGCCUUCCUCACCAUCCUCCACCAGGACAAGGUCGGAGGGCUGCAGCUGAGGAAGGGGGAAAGAUGGGUCGCCGUCAAACCCAUCCCUCACUCCCUCGUCGUCAACAUCGGAGACUUGCUAGAGGUAAUCUCCUAACUCUUCGGAUUACACCGUAGUUCUUUUCAAUGAGCAAAGCUAAACCAAGAGAUUACUAUAUAUACUUAUUUUUAUAUCAUCGAUGAAUUCUGAGUUCACCAGAAUAGUCCCACAUUAGAAAAAUGAUAAAAUCCAAUGCAUAAACCGAGAAACAUCUCAGCCUAUUCCCAAUUGUUGGUUGAAUCUUCCAGUAAUCUAAACAAGGUACAAAAGCGAAUAUCUACUCAUAGAUUAUAUGCAUGAUAUUUGAACUUUUGGUGUGAUAAGCUCAAAUGCGGAUGUACAGAUCAAAGAUUGUGUCAGAAUAUCCCAUGCUGCAGAAAUAUAAACAAAUGGCUGUACUCUAUUAUUGUAAUCAUAUGACCUAAGAAAUAAAUAAACUAAAGUUCUCAAAUGAUUUAACAUCUUAGAUAUUCAUGACCUGUGUACUUGUCCGUGUGCUAGAGCCGAUAAAACUUUACUUUCGCAUGAGGACCCCCUUUUUCUUGAUGUGGUCGUUUCUAAAAAGGGGUUUUAGAAACUUGAAGCAUAAUCCUCUAAAUAAGCCCUUUCAUAGAAGACAGUUUUCUAUGUGAUUCAACGUGUCAUCAAGAACCUGAUUCCCAAUUUAUGUCAUUAAAUGUAUGAGUCUUCGUCGGCACUAAUUUAUUUAUCUUAGACUCAAUAAUGCUGGAUAUGUGACACAAUGUAAUCCUCUUCUAUUCAUGUGGUGGUAGUUUGGCCCGUGAGAGGUGUAGCAGAACACUCUUAAGCAUUGAAAAAUAAACAGAUGAAGCCCAAUUUUGCAAUCAAGUAUCUGGGUCUAUUUUACUCAUGUUCAUUAUUUUGAACUGGAUAAUAAUUUAGCUAUCUCCAAAAUGGGCUUUUCUGCUACUAUUUCCAGAAAGAAAUAAAAAAAUAAACCGUUUCAUUUUGAUAUACAAACUAGAUUUAAUUGUAAACAAUUUGCUUCAAGUUAUAAAUGAAUCCAUUUUUCUCGCUACUACUUAGCUCCAAGUUUAUAAUCAUAAGCCAAGAUUAAGUGCUGCACAUCGAUUUAAAACUUAUAUGUAUACACAUAAACCUAGUUGACUUUGUAGCUAAUUGCUUUCAGAGUUGUAGGACUGUCGACCAUUUGCAUGGCAAGACCUAGCUAACUGGAGUUAUGUCGAAUGCCAGGCCUUGAGCAACGUGGAGUUCAGGAGCGUGGAGCACAGAGUCAUGGCGAAUCGUGAGGUGGAGAGGUUCUCCAUGGCCUUCUUCCUCUGCCCAUCUCACGAUACGGUGAUAGAAAGCGUGAGGAAGCCCUCCGUGUACAGGCCUUUCAGCUUCGGGGAGUUCCAGCACCAGGUCCAGGACGACGUAAGAACCGAGGGCUACAAGGUCGGGCUGUCCAGGUUCCUCGUGGCGCCCAGGUGCACGUAA